UCCUUCCCCCUGUUACUCGGUCAAUAUCAUCAACAUGGCCCGGUCUGUGUGCGCCAGAAUCCUCGUCCAGACGUCACCUCAAGCUUCUCUCUUCUCCAAGACAGCACCUGUUUUUUCGAGCCAGGUUUUGUCUCGUGCUCACAGGCUGGGUCCUGGUGAUGAUGAAAUAUUCCAGCGCACCACAGUGUCAAUUAUGCAGAAGGAUGUGACUGGUGGGUUCUUGAUCCACAGUUAUAGUCCUCAAGGAUUCAACAUCAGUGGAAACCAGGUGUUGGGCCCCUGUGCCCUGGUGCCGCCGGCUGUCCUGCAGUGGAAAGUUGGUGGUCAUCAUGACAUCACAGAAGACAGCGUGUCACUUUUCCACAUGCUGGACCCACAGAUUGAGAUCCUUGUUCUGGGUACAGGUGCAAAAAUGGAACGCAUUCAUCCUUCAGUUCUAGCGCUUCUCAAGAGAAAGAGAAUUGCUGUGGAAGUGCAAGACACGGCAAAUGCGUGUGCAACCUUCAACUUUCUGGUGAAUGAAGGAAGAGUGGCAGCCGCUGGCCUGAUCCCUCCAGUACACAGCAUGGUGCUUGAUGUAGCAGGUGCUUAAGUACUCAGAUGCUGAUAUUAAACUUCAGAGAAACACGUAUAAGAUCCAGGAUGGACCUUAUUCAUACCUGUCAAACAGAUGUUCUUCACCAAGGAGCAAAGCUGACAUGACCCGGCUCUGUUUGUUUGAGGUAGUGAG